CAAAGAUCAGUAUCUGUAUUAUCAAACUAAUUAAUUAGCUUCAAUGGCUUCCAACAAAUUUGUCACCCUAGUUACACUUGCUGUGAUCCUUCUUCCUACCAUCGCCAUGGCAACCGACUUCAUCGUCGGAGGUGAUAGAGGCUGGACAACUGGUGUUGAUUAUUCAGAUUGGGCCAAGGACAAAACGUUUCAUGUUGGUGAUGCACUGGUGUUCAAGUACUCGAACCCACCCCACAAUGUGUUCAAGGUGAACGGAACUGGGUUCAAGGAAUGUGUUAAACCAACAGAAAAUGAUCAAGCACCACUUACUUCUGGAAACGACAGAAUAGAACUAAGGACUCCGGGAAACAAAUGGUACAUUUGUGCAGUUGCCAAUCACUGUGCUGAUUUGGGACAGAAGCUUGUCAUUACUGUUACGGACGCCUCGCCUGCGCCCGCUCCAUCGUCCGCCGUUCGCGGGAUCAUCUUUUCCGGAUACCAAGUCUUCGCGGCCGCCGUCGUCGGGGUCUUCCUUGCUGUUGCAGUCUGAUGGUCAUAUCUGACACAUGCAAUAUGCAUAAAUACACCUAUGUAUCCAAAUUUAUUAAUUUAUUAUUUUAAUUAAAAUAUGUGUGCGACAUACAAUAAGAGAAUUUAUUCUGUAUUAUCUAGCA